CACACCGCCGCCCGCGCCGCCGUGCCCCGCCCGGGAGUGGACUGCUCCCUGGUCCUCAAAGUCCGCUGGCUAUGGCCGCCCCCGCCCCGGUCACGCGGCAGGUCCUCGGCGGCGCAGCCCUGGCCCCGGUCCCGACCGGUCCCGAGCGCGGGCAGCCUCUGGCGGCCGCCGUGGCGGAGCUGCCAGUGCUGGACGCGCGCGGGAGGCUGGUGCCGUUCGGCUCCCUGUUCCGGGACCGGCGGGCCGUGGUGGUCUUCGUGCGGCAUUUCCUGUGCUACGUCUGCAAGGAAUACGUCGAGGAUCUGGCCAAAGUCCCCCAGAGUUUCUUACGGGAAGCAGAUGUCACCCUUAUAGUGAUUGGACAGUCAUCCUACCAUCAUAUUGAGCCUUUCUGCAAACUGACUGGGUAUUCUCAUGAAAUCUAUGUUGAUCCUGAGAGAGAGAUUUAUAAAAGACUGGGGAUGAAAAGAGGUGAAGAAAUUGCCUCCUCAGGACGGAGCCCCCACAUAAAGUCCAGUCUCCUCUCGGGAAGCCUCCGGAGCCUGUGGCGGGCAGUGACCGGGCCUCUGUUUGAUUUUCAAGGCGACCCAGCUCAGCAAGGCGGGACCCUCAUUUUAGGUCCAGGUAACAACAUCCAUUUCAUGCACCUGGAUAGAAACAGGCUGGAUCACAAGCCCAUAAACUCUGUUCUGCAACUGGUGGGAGUGCAGCAAGUGAACUUCACAAACAGACCUUCAGUCAUGCAUGUGUGACCGAACAGGAAUCUGUUGCCUGCAAAUGGACCCUGGGGAAUGGAGGCUGUUACACCAGGUGUAGUAUCCCUGUGAUGAAACUCUUACUGCUUGGAUUAUGUGCCAAGAAGUGUCAGAUGUCAAAAAUGUGGUAUAUGUUUUUAAUUUUAUGGCUUUUAACAGUUUUACACAAAACAGUUUAUAAAUACAUACAAUAAAACUGUAAAAGCUAUAAAAUUAUAACUUUUAAUUAUUUUACCUGUGUUAUAUACAUUUUAUGAAAGAUUUCCUUUUUUAGCAAUUAAAAUUGUGAAUUCUUACAAAGAAUAUUUAAGGGGAAAGGAAAGCAGCUUGACACCAUUUUAGUCAUUGAAGAAACUAGAGAGAGUAUCAAAUUCUGCAAACAUACCCACAGUUUGGCAGGUAUACUUUUUUUUUUUUUGGUUUUUAAAGAUUUAUUUAUUCAUUUGAAAGUCAUAGUUAGACACAGAGAGGAGGAGAGGCAGAGAGAGAGAGAGGUCUUCCAUCCACUGGGUCACUCCUCAAUUGGCUGCAAUGGCUGGAGCUGCACGGAUCUGGAGCCAGGAGCGUCCUCAGGGUCUCCCACACACGUGGGUACAGGGGCCCAAGGACUUGGGCCAUUUUCUACUGCUUUCCCAGGUCAUAGCAGAGAGCUGGAUUGGAAGUGAAGCAGCCAGGACUUGAACCAGCGCCAUAUUGGAUGCCACCAUUGCAGGCGGCAGCUUUACUCACUAUGCCACAGUGCCGGCCCCUGUUUAUGCUUUUGAACGUAUGGGUAAGCACAUCAGCACAUUGCCAAUAGCUGUCUCCAUGUGCGACAUUAACAGGUGUUUUUAUUUUCUGUAUUUCCCAACUAUUCUAGAAUGAGUAUGACUGCUUUGGCUGGGCCAGGAAAAGGUCUCUGACAUGACAGAGAUGUUCCUACAGAACAUUCUCCACAGAGGUGCACAUCACACAAGGAGGCUGCGACCCACAGGUUUCUACCCUGAGCGCUGCACGCCCAGGCAGUGUGGCGCACCAAGCCUGUUGCAUGGAGAGCACCUGGCCCCCGCGUGUACGGUGUUCAUUUCACUGGAGUUUGUGUGACAGGGAGGGAGAGUUAAGGAAAAAUGAUUUAUUUUAGAUAUUUAAGAUAUACCUUUCAAAUAUGGUCUGUAUGUUUUUUAAUGGAAUCUUAAGGAUCAUUUAAAUUUAAAACAUUUUUUGAGCCGGUGCCGUGGCUCACUAGGCUAAUUCUCCGCCUUGCGGCACCAGCACACGGGUUCUAGUCCCGGUUGGGGCGCCAGAUUCUGUCCCGGUUGCCCCUCUUCCAGGCCAGCUCUCUGCUGUGGCCAGGGAGUGCAGUGGAGGAUGGCCCAAGUGCUUGGGCCCUGCACCCAUGGGAGACCAGGAGAAGCACCUGGCUCUUGCCAUCAGAUCAGUGCGGUGCGCUGGCCACAGCGCGCUGGCCGCGGCGGCCAUUGGAGGGUGAACCAAUGGCAAAGGAAAACCUUUCUCUCUGUCUCUAUCUCUCACUGUUCACUCUGCCUGUCAAAAAAAAAAAUUAAAAAAAAAUAAAUUUAAAACAUUUUUAACUUAAACAUACACUGUGGUUUGGUUUUACAUUCUUUGGAGUUGUUGCUACUUCUUUCCCACAAAAUUGCUCUUAUUUAGAGGACUAUUGUUAUCUCUUAUUUUUCUAGAAUCUUAGUAAUGUCUCAUUGGGAAGUGUCCCAGAAAUUCUGAUGAAAGGUGCAUUAAAAUCAACAUACUGGUAAUUACUAGCAAGUAUAAUACUGCUUUGAAUUUAUAAUACUUUCAUAUAAAGCCUAUAAAGUAAUGAAAAAAUAUUUAAAAUAUCCAAAUAUUUGAAUGUAUUUUUAUGCCCUGUAAAUGUUUUUAAUCAAUAAAAAUGAAAUUUCUUAACCAUUUAAAAUGAAAC